GCAACAAUAAGCAGGACGGAGAGAGAGAAACAAUCAGACUGUUGAAUAGAGCAGAGAAAAAAACGGAGCGAGAGAGAGAGAGAGAGAAAAGGAGAGUGGGGGGUGAGGAGCACAAGACCUGCUGAUUUUCAGAGGAAAAGAAAAAGCGUGGGGGGAGAGACAGAGAGAGAGAGAGAGAGUGAGAGGGAGUGAGAGGGAGUGAGAGAGCGAGAGAGAGAGAGAGAGAGAGAGAGAGAGAGAGAGAGAGAGGAGACUGGAGGAGAAAAGGAAGCGCAUUUCUUCUGUGUGCGUGUUCUAAAGCCUGAGCUGGAAUUUUUACUAAAAAUCGCAGAGGAACGAAGAACCGAGGAACCAGAGCUGGAGGAACACUGAUGUACAGCAAAGCGACCCACAUUACUGACAACAUGAGGAGAGAGACACCCAAACAGCACAGAUUCAAGAAGGCAGAAGAGGCUUUAACUACGACUGCCAGCGUGUCAGCUUAGAGAGAGAGAAAGAUAGAGAGAGAGAGAUAGAGAGAGAGAGAGACAGAGGGAGAGAGAGAGAGAGAGAGAGAGAGAGACAGAGACAGAGAGAGAGACAGAGAGAGAGAGAGAGAGAGAGAGGGAGAGAGAGUAGAGAAGGUAGAGCAGCCAGUCGGCUCCAGCCAACACAACUCAGAGCUGAGCAAAGAGCAGAAGCGGAGGAGGAGCAGAAGAUCUGGUCCAGCAGAAGAACCUCAGAGAACCAAAUAAAAAAACAACACAGCACCACGGCUGAGGUCUUGAGGUCUGGAGGACAGAGAAGAGAGAGAAAAGGAAGAAAGGUAGAGAAAGAGAGAGAGAGAGAGAGAGAGAGGUGAGGUGAAGGUAGAGAGUGCCUCAGUGCCUCAGAGAGAGAGAGAGAGGGCUGGGGUGUUUUCCCCUCUCUCUCUCGCCCCGUGUGUCCGGCAGGCUGGCUGGGACGGUCAUGGCCUUCACCUUCGCGGCCUUCUGCUACAUGCUAACGCUAGUGCUGUGUGCUGCGCUCAUCUUCUUUGUCAUCUGGCAGAUUAUCGCGUUCGAUGAGCUACGAACGGACUUUAAAAACCCCAUCGACCAGAGCAACCCCACCAGAGCGAGGGAGAGAAUCCUGAACAUCGAGAGGAUCUGCAACCUGCUGCGGAGGCUGGUGGUUCCUGAAUAUUCCAUCCACGGACUGUUCUGCCUGAUGUUCAUGUGUGCGGGCGAGUGGGUCACUCUGGGCCUCAACAUCCCUCUGCUCUUCUAUCACCUGUGGAGGUUCUUCCACCGACCAGCAGACGGGUCAGAGGUGAUGUACGAUCCGGUUAGCGUGAUGAACGCAGACAUUCUGAACUACUGCCAAAAAGAGUCCUGGUGCAAACUGGGCUUCUACCUGCUGUCCUUCUUCUACUACCUGUACAGCAUGGUGUAUGCUCUGGUCAGCUUCUAAUGGAUGAGUCCAGAUGAGAGAAAGAAAGAAAGAUCUACAGAGAGGAAAUGGAAAAGCGACAAACCCGCCCUCCUCUCUCUCUCAUCCUCCUGCUUCUCCAGCUCAGAGCACUUCAGUUCCACCACCAGAGGAACAACAGAGGAACUGAACCACACACUCACACACACACACACACACACACACACACACACACACACACAGAGAGAACAUCUACUCACUCACUGCAUUUACAGACAGGAGGACGAGAGAGAGAAAGAGACAGAGAGAGAGAAAGAGAGAGAGAGAGACAGAGAGAGAGACAAGGAGAGAGAGAGACAGAGAGAGAGACAGAGAGACAAAGAGAGAGCGACAGGAGAGAGAG